GCUCCAGCCACAUUUGAACCACAGAGUUCAGAAUCUACACUCUAGCCAGUUGAAAACUCGAUGGUACCCACUAAUCCUUCCGCCGGGAGUAACCAAUGGGCGGGGGCCAGGCUCUGACGCCACCUGUUGUCGGUGGGGCUGGCCCGUAACAACCCUUCCAUCCCAUAAUAACGCCCCCGGGCUGCCCCGUGCGUUAGCUGGGCCGCGAGGGGAUCAGGGGAUACCGGGGCAGGGCGAGGAGGUGCCCGGAAGUGGGUCAGGAGCCGGAAGCGAGCGGAACACCCGGAAGUGGAGUGGGGGAGCUCAGGAGGCGGAAGCGGUUGACUCGACUCAGUCCCAUGUGGAGAGAGUGUGUCCAAUGCUGGUGGAUGCCUCGAGGACUGAAUUCAGUGCUGGAUCCUCAACUAUCAGAGACGGACAGCCUCUUUUUAUCCCCCAAACAGCCUUCCAGAGCACGUGUGCCUUCCAGCCAUUCAGCAGUUCACCCGCCCAGCAGGGAUCCUGUCCCUGAGGGCUAACGCACCAGGAUGUCCCAAGCAACCAAACGCAAGCAUGUGGUGAAAGAGGUGUUGGAGGAAUACGUGGUGCCAUCUCCUCAACAGCAGAUUGUCCGGGUCCUGGGGACCCCAGGAAACAACCUCCAUGAGGUGGAAACAGCCGAAGGGACUAGAUUCUUAGUGAGCAUGCCCACAAAAUUCCGCAAGAACAUCUGGAUCAAACGAGGUGACUUUCUGCUGGUGGACCCCAUCGAAGAGGGCGAGAAGGUGAAGGCUGAGAUCAACUUUGUGUUGUACAAGGACCAUGUGCGGUACCUAAAGAAAGAAGGGCUCUGGCCUGAGGCCUUCUCUGACACUGCAGAAAGUCAGCCCAGCUCUGAGGCCAGCAGGGAAGGGGAGCAAACGGCUGCCCGCUCCUCUGGGGAAGAGGACUCUGACGAUGACAGUGACCUGUUUGUGAACACGAACAGACUGCGCUACGGCUGCACAGAGAGCGAGGACGACAGUGAGGAGGAGGCGGCAGCAGUGGCCAGUGACCAGGAUGAGGAAGAAAAAUAGCGACCCAGGGCAGGAAAGCUGAUCUAGCCUCCUAAACACCUCAUGCAGGAGGAGCCUGAUCCAGCAGGAAGGAGACUGCUUUCUGGGGCCUGAACUCACAUCCACCAGCCUGGGGAAUGCUCCAGCUGGCUUGGAACUGCCUCAGUGCUGCCCCCUGCUGGGGACACAUUUCUUCCCUCCAUCACCUCUACUGUCUGAGCCAUGAGUUGCUGCAGCAUCCAGCUCACUAGAGAUGAAGGUGCUGGGCCUGUUGUGCCUAAUGCAUGGUUAUUUCACUGUUCACCCAGCCGACUCGGGGGGGAAAGAGUGGCACUGCUCCUUGGGGCAGAGGGAAAUGGGGUUCUAGGCAGCAGUGCUGCUUGAAGCUGUAAAGAGGGGCUGGGGAGGAGUAAAGUUAUAGCAGCUGGGAGGCCUCAAAGAUGGAGCAGCCCAGCGUCAGCAUCCCUUAGCCCCUUUUAACGGGGGACUGGACUGUGCCCUCUGCUCUAAUGCAGGCUCCUUGGGCAAAGCACUGGGUGCUGUCUGUCCUAGACACUAUGGCUGUGUAAUAAGCUGUCUCCCCUCUGCCUUAUUCAAUAAAGACUUUCCCACAGGCA